AAGUCUCGUGUCGUCACGAGCCGUAUAAUAUUUGUUUCUUUGUUUUACUCUGCCUUUUUUUUGCUUUCGUCGUCGGUAGAGAGAGAGAGAUUGGUUGUUUGUUGACGAAGAAGCUUCAUCGCUCUCUCUUCUCUUCUUCUGGAACUUUUCACCGUCUUUCGAUUGUCAACGCGUUUCUCAUCUGCGAUUUGCUUAUAUUUUGACCAGACGAUUUCUCGAGCUUUCAAUACUCUUUCAGAUCAACAAUCAUGGCCAGCGCUGGAAACAAAAACAUCAACGCGAAAUUGGUGUUACUUGGAGAUGUUGGUGCUGGAAAAUCAAGCCUUGUGUUGCGGUUUGUCAAAGAUCAGUUUGUUGAAUUCCAGGAAUCAACCAUAGGCGCAGCUUUUUUCUCUCAAACACUGGCUGUGAAUGAUGCAACUGUGAAGUUUGAGAUUUGGGACACAGCGGGUCAGGAACGUUACCAUAGCUUGGCUCCAAUGUACUACAGGGGUGCAGCUGCUGCGAUUAUUGUCUUUGACAUAACAAAUCAAGCGUCAUUUGAGAGGGCGAAGAAAUGGGUGCAGGAACUGCAGGCACAGGGCAACCCUAAUAUGGUGAUGGCCCUUGCUGGAAACAAAGCUGAUUUAUUAGACGCAAGGAAAGUGUCUGCAGAGGAAGCAGAGCAAUAUGCUCAAGAGAACAGCCUUUUCUUCAUGGAAACCUCAGCGAAGACUGCAACAAAUGUCAAAGACAUAUUCUACGAAAUCGCGAAAAGGCUACCACGUGUACAGCCAGCAGAAAACCCAACAGGAAUGGUUCUCCCAAACGGGCCAGCAGCUACGGCAGUGAAUUCAUCAUGUUGUGCUUAAGAGAGAUCUCUCUUGGUUAGUCACAUAGUAGAAAACAUCCGAGACCUUAUGUGUUUGCUGCUUCUUCUUCUUCUUCUUACUUUAUGUGUUUGCUUCUUCUCUUGACAUUGUCGCUUGACUUUGCUUGCAUUGACAACAAAAGUGUAUAUCAUGAUAUUUCCACCUUGUGGAAUCUGAAGAUAUUUGUAUUUGAAGAGGUUUUGGAUCUCUUUUGUAAUUAGAUAUAAUAACUUAGUUUGUAUGCUU